AAAGGUGGUGGUCGUACGCCAAGUGGCUCCGGAUUCUACCCAGAAAAUACUCUCUUUUCCAACUUCCAGGGAUUGAACCACUGGAUAAUUUCUGCUCAAUUUUAUCCCCUUCAAUGGCGGGAACAAGAUCACACACCUAAAAUCAACAACCGACAACAAAUCAAACUUCAUCAAUUUUCCUAUCAAAGAUGUUCUUCAGUGGCGUAAUUCAAAGAAAAUUGACCUCUCUACUACGACAAUGGCUUGCGCAACCGCCAGAAUUGGAGGUCAAAUUAGGGUUCUUCCGCUCGGUUAUCGUUGCGAAGGACCUGAAAUUCGACACCUCCGCGUUGAACAACCUAAUCGACGGCGGUGGCGGAGCGGAGUUCAGCGUGUUGUUCAGAGGCGUAACGAUCGACGAGGUCAUCGUUCGAGUUGCGCAUUGGUCUGCUCCUGCGUUCACUGUCGAAUUUAAUGGAGUAGAUGUUACUCUAUUUCUCGAGAAAUGUAUAGCUAAAAGAGUGGAACAACCAGUUGAUGAUUACUUAGAGGAGAGAAAGAGGAAGAUUCUUGCUGAAAUUGAUCCUUCUGGGAGCACGUUGCAUGAGAAUAUGAAGAACAUGAUAAUAACUGCUUCUUGGAAAAGCCAACUUAAGGAUUCCAUAACAAAUCUUUUGUUGAUGAAUUGCUGUUUACGUCUGCGUGAUGCAAGAAUACGGGUGGAAUAUCCUGUUUCAGACGACACAUUUUCAUGGUUAUACUAUUCAAGCGAACUUAAUGCACAACCUUCACAUAGGAAUCUGGGGUGUCUUUUGGGUGGGUUUAUUAGUUUAAUAUUUUUACCUUUAAGAGAAACUUCUUUCAUUGUCAAAGCCUCUAAGAUGGAAUUAGGAGCUGAGAAGAAAGGUCAAAAUAGCUGUAUCCUCUCUUGUGUAAAUCCUUAUUUUGGCAUUGGAAUGAAAGAUCUUCAUCUUGUAAACUCUUUUCUUUCUGUUCCAGAAAUGGACUUUUCAUUUUCUCCUACCCGAAUUCAAAUGAUUGGUGCAUUUAACAACCUACUUAACAUAGAAUGUAAACAUGUUAGAAGCGGAAGACUGCUCUGGGGAAUAGCCAGGUCGAAAUUUCGCCGUUCCUUGCUGCCUCCUGGAUUUAUGUUUUAUAGCGCGGUCCUUAUUGCAGUACUUUGGCUACGCCUAGUCGAGGAUUAUCUCUCUUUUCUUUUGUUAGUUGGAUACUCUGAACAUGGGGUGAAGAUGCCGAAUAGACGUAGCUUUCCCCGGCUAGCUGAGAAGCAAAUGAAGACAAUAUCGCAAAUAAUUGAGAAGGAACUUCCAGCUGAAGCCAUAGCUAGUGCGAGGCGGGUUGCUCGUUGUAAAGCAGCCUUGAAAGUAUCUCAUGCCGGAAAUAAUGCUGCGUCAUCUGUGAGCAGUGGUUACAACAGCUUCUGGGGUAUCAUCUUGCCGCUGGCUUUCAUAUGGCACUCAAUAUUGAAAGUACUUGAAAUCAUCAUGUCUGUUUUCCGCCAGCAUAAGAAAUCUCCAAAAGUUGGCCAAUUCAGUAUGAAAUCUGAAGUUGAUGAUCCAAGGAGUUGCUUCCAUGUCAGCCUUGGGAAGAUAUCCGCUGUAGUUUCUUCUAUAGAUGCUACUAGUCCUCCUGUUAUUAAAAAUUCAAACCGGAGGAAAAAAACUUCAUACACUGAUGUAUCUCCGUUCUUUUUGUUAGUAAAAGGAAUUCUCUUUAUCUAUGAAGAGGGAAUUUCUGAGCAGUAUAUUUCCUUCACUCUGGGAUAUCUUGAAGUUACUUCUGCACCUGGUCUCCAUGAUUUAGAAAACGAAGCUACACCAAAAAAUGCUGGGGAUGCUCUUAGAGGACGCUUGAAAGAGAGACAUGAUGGUUCAGAAAUCAUUGUUUUGGGGGAACCUGCUCUAACAUGUUGCCAUUCAGAAGAAGGGGAGAUUGAUCAUGGAGAUGUUCCCAUUUUAGAACAAAUAUCAGAGGAGAUGGAGCUGAUUUGGAAAAAAAUACAGUUAAAUUUUGAAGAGUGUGAGGGUGACUAUGACGGAAAUCCAUGGGCUAUUUGCGCCUUUCACACAUUCUGGGUGUAUCCAGGCCUUAGAUGUCCAGAUUCUGGGUUCUCAAAAUGCAUCCUAAUGACAGGGAAGUUAAAUAUUACAUUAGGAUAUGCAUCAGUAUUAUCUAUUGCCACCCUCAGAGAGCAAAUGCAUAAUGCUCUUUGCCAGAGUGGUGGUCUCGAGAGUGCCGCAGUUCAAUUGCAUUCCUUGAGUACUUCUGAGGAAUUACAGGAAAAUCAUUGUUCUGGUGGGUUGAAGUCCAGUAUAAAGGCAAUGAAUACGAGGAUUCUAAAAUUGCUUCCUGACAAACAUGUCGAAGUGAAAGCUGUAAUUGCUGGUCCUCGAGUCCAGUUAUCUCUGAGAAAGGAGGAGCUAUCUAGUAGCAAUUCAGAGCCGAAUGGUACGAAUGGGGUUAAUCUUACAAUAGAUGUCCACGACAUUGAAUUUUCUGUUUGGCCAACUUCAAAGUCUGGAGUUUUGCCACGGGAGGAAUCUCAGAGACCAGGUAACUUUGAAUCAGAGUUUUUCAAGUUAGAGAAACCUGUGGUGGAGGGGUUUUCUGGAUCAGUCAACAUAGAGUAUGCUUCAAAAGGACAGAUUACACACUUCUAUUUUCUAAGACUCGGUGGUUUAAGUUUGUACUUUGAGGAUUUGAUGGAUAAUCAUCUGAUGCAAGUUCUAUUGUUGAAGCCAAUGACAGUUAAAUUAUCAUCAUUGAGGGAUCAUCUAUACUCAUUUGCAAGAUCUGAUAUUGCAUCUUCGUUGUCCUUACAUUAUGCGAUGUUGGGAGUGACUGGUUCUUUUUAUAUGGAUGAAUUGUCUGUGAUUUUCCAGGUAGUUGAAAGAUUCUUUUCUGCAGCAUCAACAUCCGCCCCUGGAAGCUCUGGCCUACGUGCAGUCCAAAAUCAUCCGUUUAUUGAAAAUCGAUUUCCACAGAUAGAACCCAUGAAUGAGGAAAUGCUGAUUGGAGUUAACAAGGAGACAAGUUUGAGCUUUGAAAGUGCUUUCUGUUUUGUUAGAGCCAGUUUUGAACUUUCCCCAUUUGAUGUUAUCCUUCAUAACUCCCGUAACAGAACUGACAGAAGAAGUUCCAUGCUCUUUGAUGCUGACAAUAUUCAGAACAUGGGCUUGGCAGAAUUGCCCAAAAGUGGAAUUUGGCUUUCAAUUCAGAAGACAUGUAUAGAUGUCUCUGUUGGGGAAGCCAAGGCUGAGGCAAAUGCUAGUUUCCAUGAAAUCCGAGCUGUUGUUUUCAAAUACAAAAUUCAGAAUGGAAAUGUUGAUAUAUCUGAAGUUGAGAAUGAAGUUAUACAUUCUGUUGAUUACAUGCAUGAAGUUUCACUUUCCAGUUGCACAUUUAAUGUAUCUCUGGAUUGCUUGAAUGAUUCAGGAGUACGGAGUGGAGCUGGUAGUGAAACAUCUAGUAGCAGUGGCCUACGUAGUUCUUCUCCAAUGAUUAUUGAUAGUUUGAUUUUGAAGCAGAUUCAAGAUGAAGGUUCCGUGUCCAAUGUAUCAGCUCCAACGCCAAGUUCUAUGCUGCUAAUAAACAUCAUUAUUGAUAAGUUUUUCAUAGGAGCAUGUUCAAUUAAGAAUGGACUUUCUAGGCUUCAUCCGGAAGAUAAACUUUAUCUAUCACUAUCUGUUGGAGGAGACUUUCAGAGUAUUAUCUUUGGAAUUCAGGGUGGUUGUAUUUUCAUCGAAACGACAGUUAUGGCGAAGUUUGCGGGCUGUGUCACUUCAUAUCUUCAAUUCAUUAGGAGUCUCAUUAUGCAUUACCCACGUAAAAAGUCCACGGAGACAGCUGAAGGUGUCUCAUAUGGGUUGGGUAGAGAGCAUAUCGAGGAGUCUGCUCAAACAAUAACUUCCCAAACUUCUUUUGCCAAGCAAGAACUCUUGGAGGCAUUUAGUGUUAAGGUGUCACAAUUAUCGUUUGUACUACUGAUGACUGAUGGAACUAGAGUGGUCAAGGAAAUCAUAGUUAGGGUUGAUUCGAACUUGAAACUGUGGUUGGAGAACAGAAAGAAGAAGUUCUCAUUUAAUCUUUCUCAUCUGGGUAUCCUUUCUCUGAUCCUUAGCGAGGCCAUGUGGCAAUCAGAAGAAAACAUUCAAAUGCCAUGGUUUUCUUCUGCAGGAUCAAGCGAUGAUUCCUUGUGGUUCAAUAAUGAAGAUUCUACUGUGCCUGUUUCGCACAGUGAGAAGACAUCUGUGUUGUCUGAAGAUGCAAGUUUCUCAAGUCCACUCGCUUCUGUGAAUAGCUCUUUUGCUAAUGGUUCUGCAUCUCCAGCUGUCCAAUCAAGUGAAAGAUAUGGAAAUUAUAUCUUGGAGAAAUUGGCAACUUCUAUAUCAGCUGAAAGACCUAUCUUAGGGGAUGGCAGUGGUCUAAAUUGUCCAACUCAGGGAUGGGUUGGCCAAGGUUCUGUUUCAGGUUUAAAUCUGAUGAUAUCUCUGUCGGAGAUACAGAUGCUUCUGGAUACUGUUGAGUCCUUGUCUGAGGUUUCUGGGAAUGGUGCUACUACUGAUGUAGAAGAAAGGAGUGGGAUGACAAGGUACCAGAAACCUGAGAUAGAAUUGGAAGCAGCACUUCCUGAUGGUGCUAUUGUCGCAAUCCAAGAUGUCCACCAACACUUGUUCGUAACUGUUGAAAGUGCGGAAAAUAAAUAUAAAUUAGGUGGUGCAGUUCACUAUUCUCUUGCUGGCAAAAGGGCUCUUUUUAGGGUUAAAUGGCAUAAGCGAGGAUAUUGGAAAUUUUCAGCAUCGUGGUUCUCCUUGAUGUCACUGUAUGCUAAGAGUGAUUCGGGGGUACCAUUGCGUCUAAAUUAUUCAGGAUCAUCUGGUUUUGUUGACAUCUCCAGCAAUGAUGACACUGCAGGUUCACUUUGGAAGAUUGCUUCUUGUAAGCAUGAAAAUUAUGAGGAUGAUGUUGAUCUGGAACCUUUAAAUCACACGUGGCAAAAUACUUUUUAUCUUAUCAAUAAGAAGAGUGAUUGUGGUGCUGCUUUUGUUCAUGGUGCUAUGGAGUUUGUGAAAAAGCCUGGAAAUCCAUUCAAGUUCAAAACUUUUCAUGGCCUUUCGGUGGUUCCUGAUUUAAGGAUGACUGAAACCCAACUACCUGAAGCGCAAGGCCUUUUGUUAUCUGAUGGUCAAGAUAUUUCUGAAGAAGCUGGGAUGGUCCCUUGCAUUAGUUUGGCAAUUGAGAAAGUAUCCUUGAUCAUUGUGCAUGAGCUGUCAGAUCCCAGGGACAAAUUGCCUCUGCUUCAAGGGUCUAUGGAUGGUAAUGAACUCAUUAUUCAGAUACUUCCUCAGAAAACCAGAGUGAUGAGCACAUUAACUACUAUGCUUUACUAUUUUGAUUCGCAUAGUGUCAAGUGGAGAGAAUUUGUUCAGCCAAUUGAAACAUGUAUAUACUGGCGUUCAACAACCCCUUCGCAGGGUACAGGAGUAUCAAAUCAUUGCACGCUUUCUCGUCUUUAUUUUAGAAUACAGGAGCUGGAUUUAUCAUUAACGGAGAUUUUAUUGGACAUGCUACUGUUUGUGGUUGGAAAGCUGGAUUUGGCUGGUCCAUUCUCUGUUAAAAAUACUGCUGCAUCGGUCAACUGCUGCAAGGUGGAAAAUCAAUUGGUUCUGGACCUCCUUUGCCAUUUCCACAAUAACCAAUCUGCGAGAGUGGGCAGGAAGCAGUCAGCUUUCAUUUCCUUGAGGCACCAAGAGGAGCCUCCGGAAUUAUCCUAUGCAACAAUUUUGCUUGAAAAUCCUGGAAUAUCUUCAACUUCUUCAAUUCAUGUACCUCUUUCCGGAACUCAGAGUUUUGCUUGGCGAACACGUAUCACAUCACAACAAAAUUCACGAACCUGUCCAGGGCCAUUCAUUGUUUUUGACAUUUCAAAGAAUGCUGAGGAAGGUUUAUCACUUAAUGUGUCUCCUUUAUUAAGAAUUCAUAACAUUACUGGAUUUCCAGUGGAGUUGCGUAUUCAAAGGCCUGAAUCAGGGGAAGCUGAAUCUGCAUCAGUGCUACUGAGAGAGGGGGACACUUUUGAUGACUGCAAGGCAGCAUUUGAUGCUAUUAGUUUGUCUGGUGGGCCAAAGAAGGCACUGCUGUCUUUGGGUCUUGGUAACUUCGUCUUCUCAUUUCGACCGGAGAUAAAGGAGGAAAAUGGUUCUAGUAAAUCUUAUUCAGUUGAAUGGUCUGAAAACCUGAAAGGGGAAAAGGCCGUUCGUCUAUCAGGUGUCAUUGAUAAAUUAAGUUACAAAGUUCGAAAAGCUUUGUCUGCCGAGUCUUGGAAGUAUUCCUUUAGCGCCAUUGGUUGUUCAGUGAGAUCAGGAGAUACUCACGUGGCUCAAAUGCAUUUCUUGGUUCAGAGUGUUGCAAGAGAUGUACCUAUUAUGCAGCCUAAUGAUCGCCGUAAAAGUAAGAAUUCAUCAAUUGCUUUGCAGGAGCAAAAGGAGAUUUUUCUUCUUCCAACAGUGCGAGUAUCAAAUUUACUGGAGACAGAUAUUGAUGUGCUUCUAACUGAAACAGAAAUUUCUCCAAUUGGUGGCUUAAAGAACAUUAACCAGGCAACUAUUCAUUGUGGGUCCACUGUCGAUCUCUUUGCUAAUCCUGCUGUUAUAUUCUUCCACAUUAAAUUAGCUAUGUUUAGCUCUAGCUGUAAGCCUGUGAACUGCAGUCAAUGGCUCAAGAAGUUAAAUAAGAAGAAGGAUGGUAUUCAAUGUCUAGAUAUUGAUUUGGAAUUUUGUGGCGGAAUGUUCUUUGCUUGCUUAAGAUUGGCUCGUGGGAACAGGGGCAUGCUUGAGGCCAUUGUUUUUACACAGUACACAUUGAGAAAUGACACUGAUUUUCUUCUGUUCUGUGCUGCACCACAUCUAAAACCGCUAUCUAGGGAUGAAGCUCAGAAGCAUGCCGUCACUACUCCUCCACAAUUUGGGACUCUUUUGCCUCCAAAAUCAAUCAGAUCUUGGUUCAUGAAAGAAAAUAAGUUGUGGAUGAAGUUAUUGGACGACGAAUUGCCUAAGUCAAUCUUGGACUUGGAUGCCUUAUCAGGAUUUGCAGAGAUAAAAUUUACGAAACAACAAGGAUCAGGAAUUAAAUAUAUGGUCAAGUUGGGGAUCUCUUUGGGGCCAUUAACUAGUACAAUAGAAGUACCGGCACGCAUAAUCUCUGUUGUUCCUCGAUAUAUUAUAUCCAAUGAUUCAGAUGAGCAGAUCUUUGUCAGACAAUGUCUUUUAGAGGAUGAUUUUGGGGAGACGAUUAGUAUCAGCAGUAAACAGAAAACAUCAUUUUUCUUCAGGGUUGGAUCCCGUGAUAAACAGGAUGUCAGUGUUUUUAACAAGCUGCUGCAGAAGCACAAGGUUUCGGAUGACGACGCAUCAAUUUUUGUACAGUUUAGUCCGAAUGAAACUGUGUGGGGAUGGUCAGGUCCAAUAUGUGUGGCUUCACUUGGAUGUUUUUUCCUAAAAUUCAGAAGACAUCUUGAAUCUCCUACUAAUCAGCUGGAUCUGGUCACAAGGGAAAAUGACAUUACUUGUGAAUAUGCAGCUGUUCAUGUGGUUGAGGAGGGUUCCACCUUUGCCUUGCAUUUUCAUAAACCACCAGAUACUGGUCUGCCUUAUCGAAUUGAGAAUCAUCUUCAUGAUGCUUCUAUUACUUAUUAUCAAAAGGAUACAUUUCAGUCGGAAACUCUUGCAUCUGGGGCUAGUGUAAGUUAUAUUUGGGAUAACUUGACUCGACCACACAAACUCAUGGUCAAAAUUAAUGGUACUCAAAUGUUACGUGAAAUCAGCUUAGAUAAACUGCGUCCAUGGAAAUCCUUUUUUCGUGUUCGGAAACAGAGAGAGCUGGCUUCUCGUUUACCACUAGACACCAGGGUUUCUAACAGAAGGGGAACAAAUCUUGCUCAGGUGAAUGGUACUGAUGUAGAAAAUGCGGGGUAUGAAGUGUAUGUUGAUGGUCCCACUCGUGUUUUGCGAAUUUCUAACUCAUCUGGCAGACGCAAAGCUGAUUGUAAGUAUCAGUCAUGCAAGAAGAUUCAGUUGAGAAUCUCUUAUUUUGCCAUUCGCUUACUUGAACCCUGCAAGCAGGACCAGCAGGAGGAUGUGGAUCCCUAUGAACUGUCAAAUUACGCACCAUUUCUUAUCUUGAGGCUAGAGAACAUAAGUACUGAUUCCAUCAUCAUUGAUCAACGAAAAUACAACCAAAUUAGGGUACUGUCUAUGCAUUUAGAUGAAAAAUGGGUUGGUGCUCCCUUUGCGGCUAUGCUCAGAAGACAUCUGACAUCCAACAGUGUCACAGAUGAACCUAUUCUCUUUGUUGCCUUUGUCUUAUUUCCUACCACCUCGAGUAUCAGACAUGUCAGAUACUCAUCUAUUAUUCUGCAGCCAAUUGAUCUAAACCUUGACGAGGAGACAUUGAUGAAAAUUGUUCCAUUUUGGAGAACAUCUCUCAGCACCAAUACUGAGAGUCAACAAUACUACUUUGAUCAUUUUGAGAUCCACCCAGUUAUGAUCACUGCAAGCUUUCUCCCAGAGGACUCAUACUCAAGUUACAGCUCAGGACAAGAGGCACUGAGAUCUCUGUUACAUAGCGUCAUUAAGAUCCCGGCCAUUAAGAAUCUAGAGGUAGAACUCAAUGGUAUCUUUGUUACUCAUGCUUUAGUUACAACUCGUGAGCUGCUAGUAAGAUGUGCGCGACACUAUUCAUGGUAUGGCAUGCGAGCUAUCUAUAUUGCAAAGGGAAGCCCACUGCUCCCACCAACUUUCGCAUCUGCUUUUGAUGAUCUGGCAUCCUCCUCUCUGGAUGUUUUCUUUGAUCCUUCCAGCAGCUUGUUUAAUGUUCAAGGCCUCACCCUAGGUACGUUUAAGUUUGUCAGAAAAUGUAUCGAAGAUAAAGGCUUCUAUGGAACAAAGCGGUACUUUGGCGAUCUUAGCAAAACUUUGAAAAAUACAGGAUCCAAUAUACUUUUUGCUGCAGUGACAGAGGUAUCAGACUCUGUACUCAAGGGUGCAGAAAGCAGUGGUUUCAAUGGCAUGGUGACAGGUUUUCAUCAUGGAAUACUAAGGUUAGCCAUGGAGCCAUCACUACUGGGAACAGCGUUCUUGGAAGGAGGACCUGAUAGAAGAAUCAAGCUUGAUCGAAGUCCUGGAAUCGAUGAGUUAUACGUUGAAGGAUAUCUGCAAGCUAUGCUGGAUACGCUAUAUCUGCAAGAAUAUUUGAGGGUUAGAGUCAUAGACGAUCAGGUUAUUCUUAAAAAUUUACCCCCAAACAGUUCACUUAUUGAUGAGAUCAUGGAUAGGGUGAAAGACUUCCUUGUUAGCAAGGCUUUGUUGAAGGGAGACUUUUCAACCAGUUCCCGCCCUCUAAGACACCUUCGAGGAGAUAAUGAAUGGAGAAUUGGGCCGAUUGUGCUAACCCUGUGUGAGCAUCUCUUUGUGAGUUUUGCUAUCCGUACACUGAGAAAGCAAUCAGAUAAAGCCAUGGGAAACCUUAAGUGGAAGGGAAAAUUGUUGCGUACUCCAAAAGAUAGCGAAUCAAGUAGUAGCUCCGCUGGUGACACAGCCGCCUCUAUCGAACCACCUAAGGGGGGUAAGUUUGUCUGGAAAUGGAGAAUCGGAAAGUUUGCGUUGUCAGCAGUGGUGGCUUACGUUGACGGACGAUUGUGUCGCUGUAUACCAAAUCCUGUUGCUAGAAGGAUCGUAAGUGGUUUUCUACUGAGCUUCCUUGAUAACAACAACUCUAAAUGAUUGGUAAAAAAACUUGCAAAGUCGUAUUUGGAGAUACUUUCGGGGGUCAAGUCUUGCUCGUUUUUGUCCCGGUUAUGCUUGAGGGUCGAGGGAUAGGUUUAUACAUAGUUCAGUUUUGGUUUCCCUUGAGUAGCAUGCAAAUGAAUUAGUCCAUUGAGAUGUAUAGGGAGUAGACCUGAUCAAACAGUGGGCUUGACCGGGUUCGGGGUGGGUCAUGACCAAAAAAUUGCCACUGUGUCGGGUUGGGCCAAUCUUCGGGCUGAAUUUUCUGCCCAACCCUACUAUUUAAGGACAAAAAUUACGGGGUUUUCUUGCCAUUUUGAGCCAGGUUAAUUUUGUAACUAAAAUUUCAAUUUUGAGUUGUCUAAAACCCACGCAAUUUUUUUAAAAGUUGGGCCGGACCUGUAAAAGGGCCUACAUUCUUCUCAAAACACAAUAUUUUUCUGGUCGGGCCAGUGUGUCGGGCUCAAGAUGAUCAGGUUUAAUAGGGCGUAACGCUUUUUUGUUGUAAAUUCUUUUUGUCUUCUCGCCAGUCUGGUAUUUCACUUGUGUUCAGAAUUCUCUUCUGUUUAUGUGAAUGAUUUGUUCUAGCUCCCAAAUCAUUAAAGUAAAUAGUCCCUCCGUUCCUAGAAGAUAUCCAGUGUUUGGAAUGUCUCGAUCAAAUUGCCAAACCUUCGAAGAAAUAAAUCGUGUAUGAUUUUCUAA